CUCUGCUCCGCUCAUCGACUGACUGAACCAAGUUGCUGCUCGCUGGUGCCAACGCCCGGCGAAACAGACAGCUAACGUUAGCUAGCAGAGAUACGGAGGGAUACUGCUAACGUAAUCGCCAGCAGCAUCAGAAAGCACAGAGAUGCAGACUAUCAAGUGUGUUGUGGUGGGUGAUGGAGCAGUGGGUAAAACCUGCCUUUUGAUUUCAUACACCACCAACAAAUUCCCUUCUGAAUAUGUACCAACAGUGUUUGACAACUAUGCAGUAACUGUAAUGAUCGGGGGUGAACCGUACACCCUUGGCUUAUUUGAUACAGCAGGUCAGGAGGAUUACGACAGGUUACGACCACUAAGCUACCCACAGACUGACGUCUUCUUAGUGUGUUUCUCAGUCGUUUCACCUUCUUCAUUUGAGAAUGUUAAAGAAAAGUGGGUCCCUGAAAUAACUCACCACUGUCCCAAGACCCCGUUCCUGUUGGUAGGUACUCAGAUCGACCUGCGCGAUGACCCCUCCACAGUGGAGAAGCUCGCCAAGAACAAACAGAAGCCAAUCACCCCUGAGACAGCAGAAAAGCUGGCUCGAGACCUUAAGGCAGUCAAAUACGUCGAGUGCUCUGCCCUAACACAGAAAGGAUUAAAGAAUGUGUUUGAUGAGGCAAUACUGGCUGCCCUGGAGCCUCCUGAACCUAAGAAAAGACGUAAAUGUGUUCUGCUCUAAGUUUCGUCACAGUCUUCUUCACACCAGUUUCCAAAUGUAGGUUAACAGUACUGAGGAGGUUUUCACAUUCCAUCAUGAGUUAGGAUAUUAUUAAAUAUUAGCAUUCUCACUGAUUUAACUGAAAAGCAUUUUUAAUGUGUUGAACGUGAUAUUAAGAGUGAAUAACAUUUGAUGCUGUUUGUGAUAAUUUGCUGCCAUUGAAAUGGUCCUGCCUGAUGUGAGCACCGAAUGCUAAACCUAUCAGCAAACUGUAAAGGACACUUUGAAAUAUUGUUUCUGUUCAACCAUGUUGUGUUUAGUUUCAUAUACAGAGGUGUUGUUACAAAUGAACUGACUAUGAAAUGGUAUUUUGUUAGAGCAGAUGUUUCAGCUGUCCUGUACAAGCUGAUGACGACGCUUUCGUGAAAUGCUCAAAUUCUGCUUUAAGUAACUCCCUCAAAGUUUAUUUUAUAAGAUACAUUCAGUCAUGGCACACAUUUCUGCAUCUGGUUGACCAGUUGUGUAUCUGCAGUAGCAAUAUAAAUCCUGCUGCAGUCACUUUUUUUUUUUUUUUUUUUUAAGUAUUUUGCUCAAUUUCAACAUACUUCAGGCAGAUCUAUGAAAUAUAUGAAGGAAUAUGACAUUUGUAGGCUAUUCCCUAAGUUACGUCUAGUUUGCCAAAUCAAAACCUGGUAAAUUGACGCCUGACAAAGCAGAGAGCGAAGAAAAAAAUGUAAAAUGUAUGUAUGGUACACUGACAGCUGUGUGCCAAAAAGUCAAUUUAAGUAACUACAUGCGAGGAGUUUGAGCACAACGAUUUCCCAGUCAUUUACUUUUUAUGACGGGCGAGUUAAGAAGCAGGUGACGUAUGUCCUGAAUGAUGAUCAAAAGUUGCAGUGGGUGAACUUUGUAGGAGCGUAUCCAUUUCUAAUGCCAGAAUGAUGAGCUAUUUUGUAAACUGAAUACAUCUUCUGUUACAAUGCAGCGUCAUUAACAGAGAUCCUGUGAGAGUUGUAAAAUGACUGAACUAGUGAUAUUUGCAUUUGUCCUUUACUACACCCCAUGCCGAGACUGCGGGCUCGAAUUUGACUUGUACAUAGAGUGAGAAUAACUCAUAACUUAUUGACUGAAUAAAAUGUGUGCAUUACUGAUAAGAUUUAGAGAAGCAGAGAUGACACUGAAAUCUAACCAGGAAAAUGUUUCUUUGAGUCUUUUCAUUUUUAUUCAAUUUGACAUCAAAGUUGUACUGUAUCUUGCUUGUAAUAAAGCAUCACAAUAAACCAGUAUUAUGAUUAAAUCUUA